AUGGCGCGACUCAAGGCACCUGCUUCUGCGCCCACAACUUCUCAAUUGCCCCCAGACACGGCCAACUCGAGCGCAGCACUACCAGCGCUUCAGGCUGUAGCGGCUCGUCCGCGACGUGCUCAACGGCGGCCGACCAAGCAAGUCUCGUAUGAGCUUGCCAACCAUGCCAAAGCUUAUCUUGAAGCCGGACAAUACGUAAGCGGCUAUGGCCUGCUAUACAGCCUACUCGCUGCGGGAACCAGCAUCUCGACACCUGCACGGCCCUAUGUUGGCUACCUUGCACCGCCCGCCUACAUUGCUUUUGCCUCUUCCUUGGUCGUAGACCCCAAGUGCACAACAAAAGCACAGUCAAGAGACGCGAUAGAAGGCGCAGACGCCGCUCUACAGUACCUGCAAUGCAUGCGCAGCACCAUAGACGGCCCCGCAUACCCCACCAUACGCAAGGCAUUUGGUUUCCCCGAAGAGCGCAAUAGAAGACGCGCACCGGGUUACAGAAGUGGAGGAAGUCUUUCUCCCGAGCCAGGUGGAGAUAUUGAACGCAUAGCCGGCGAUGCUGCCAACGAAAAGAGCUUGUGGUGUCGCGCAGAGGACUUUUGGCACAUUGUGGGAUGGGCAUUCAACUGCGCGUGUGUACAUAAGAAGCGGUGGAGUCGAUGGAAGCUGUGGCUAGCGGUCAUGCUGAACUUUCUUGAAGCCGACUGGGAAUUCAGUGUCCGGCAGAGCAGAGACAGCAAUGUGGACGCAGAAAUCGUCUUGCAGGAGAGUCUGCUUUGGCAUUACAUUGUCGGCGAUGAGUCUGCACCUACGAAUCGCGCAAGAAGACGGCGUAUAGUCAAGGCUAUCUUUGCGACUGGAAUGCCUGAAUCGCUCAAGGAAUAUCCUGAGAUUUGGGACAAGGAAACAGCAGAGCCCAAGCGGAAGAAGGACGAAGAACAACGAAUCGGCGAGGUUGACUUUGAAACGGGCGACAUUGCCGACUAUGCUAGCGACGACGAGAUGCAAGAUGCAUCCGAGGACGAGGAUGGCGAGGAUGCGGAUGAAGCGUCUGCGUUUCAAGACUACAAGAGUAUCCAAAGCACACAAGAUGCUAUAGAACACUUGGGCGGACACGAUGCGAUUGAGCUGCGGCAGCGUCUCUUGGCUCUGCUUGCACAAGCAGCCCUAGCCCUACCUACCUCCUUCACACGCCUAUUCGACCUCUGCGAUACCAUCCUCGAAGACUUCAUCCAAUUACCCACAAUCAUCUUUCAAGCACUCCUCCCCACAAUGAAGCUACCCGACGGCAUCCAAUUCGCCUUCAACUCCAACCUCCUCUCUCCCUUGAUCAGCGGCAAACUACCAAACUACUUCGUCACCCUGCCCACACAAGAACACUUUGAAAAGAAGCUCCUCCCGCUAAAAGGGUCAACGCAGAGCUUCGCUGCAAACGCAAAGAUUUCUCUCAUCCUAGAGCAGCUCUUCAUAUACAUGAUGGACCAUGAUGCUCUCGAGCCCACAAAGGCACUCCGCAACGCCAUGGAAACAGGCAUCGAGGCACGACAAGGUGUCUAUGGCACGGGAAAGGGGAAACGAGGUAAUGCGCACGAGGAAGAACAGGGAAAGAAAUUGCUGCAUGCGUGCUCAGAACGCCUGCUGGGUUUGUUGGAGGUGUUGGAAAUUGCCGCGGGCAUGCCACCACAGGUAGCGACGAGGAGGGGGCACGGUGAUGCUGCUUUGGCCUUUUUGUCUUUUGGCUCCGGCUCUUCGCUUUCACCGCCGCCAGAGAGCGAGACGGAGACUGACGAGUGA